GAGAAAAGAGCCGCUAGAGUUGAAGACAUGCUGGCUGGAUUAGAUCGGUGUUUUCUGUCAACAAUGCCGGUUCAUGCGGUUUGGACUCUCGCGUUUUUCUCCUGUGUGGUUGUCUGGGCAACCCCUAAACAGGUAUAUUGCUUCAAACACUUCUCAGAUGACUUUGCAGAAAUUACAAUUGAUGCUUUUGAACACUUCGAGCAGGAACAUAUCAUCCCAGUUGAAGUAAACGAUGCCGGUCAUCCACUGAUGACUUCCUCAACUAAUCAUGCCAGAUUCAAAAGAGAUGCUGCAUCAAGACAAAAGAGACACUUUUCGAUCAAUGGUUUUGGAGAACAUUUUCGUCUAGAGACGGAUGCAUCGUCCCACUUGCUUGCCCCAGGUUUCAGAGUGUAUCACUUGGGUGGAGAUGCUAACACCAGUGAUGGAGAUGUAGAAAGCCGGGAAGAUAUGGAAAAUUGUUUAUUCAGAGGAAAGCUAAAGAAUCGACCUAAUUCUGCUUUUGCACUCAAUUUGUGUGGGGGAAUGAGUGGCUUACUGAAAACUGAAACUUCGGAUUAUCUCAUAGAACCAGUUACCAGAAACAUCAGUGACCCGAAAGCUGUGGAAAAGCCUCAUAUCUUGAAGAAGCGUUCCCUAGAUGCUCAUGAAAGUCAGAGAAAAUCUACUAGGCAAGAUCAAACUUUCUUUUGUGGAAAAAGACGAAGAUAUAUGCCUCACAAACCACGCAGGAAGGAUUACUGGUUGCCAGAUGAAUUCACUGUGAACAAAGAUUCUGUUGGUUCAAUUCCCAAAGAAAGGACAAAGAGAUGGACGAGGGACGAUUCGGAGAAUGGAGUGGUCGAAGAGAAGAGGAAUCUCCACUCCAGGAGGAAGCAGAGAAGCAUCGAGACUUUGGUGGUGGCAGACAGAGAAAUGAUAAAGAAGCAUGGCACGGAAAAUGUCACCACGUAUUUGCUGACGGUCUUUAAUAUGGUUGCCAUGUUGUACCAAGAUGCCACAAUUGGAAACAACGUCAGCGUGAUCUUAGUGGGACUCGUACUUCUGGAAGGUGACGAGCCUGGCCUGACGCUUUCGCACAACGCGGAGAAUUCCCUCCACAGCUUCUGUCAGUGGCAGUCUACAAUCCAUACAGCAAAAGGUCGCCAGCACGAUCACGCAGUGCUCGUCACAGGACUCGACAUAUGUUCCUGGAAAGAUGGACCUUGCGACACUUUAGGCUAUGCUCCCAUCAGUGGGAUGUGCAGCAAAUACAGGAGCUGUACCGUCAACGAAGAUUCCGGACUAGCCCUAGCUUUCACGGUCGCCCAUGAAAUUGGACACAAUUUCGGCAUGGUCCACGACGGCCAAGGCUCCUCGCCGUGCCGUAGGAAGCGCGGCACCAUCAUGUCCGCCUCGCUCUCCGGACUCGACUCCAGCCUCCUGUGGUCGGACUGCAGCAGAAGGGACCUCGCCAAGUUCCUGGACUCGCCAAGAUCCUUAUGCCUAUCAAACGAACCAUAUUCCCCAGAUGAAUUACAGUUUCCGGAUCAUUUGCCUGGACAGCUUUACGAUGCUGAUAUGCAGUGUCGCCUGCAGUUUGGAACAAAAUCAAAACUCUGCGAGCAUUAUCCGAGAAAGGGUGAAGUGUGUCGAGCAUUGUGGUGUCAAAGGAACGGUCGUGAAUGCGAAACUAAAUUCCUGCCAGCUGCUGAAGGAACGCCGUGCGGAAAGAAUAAAUGGUGUCGGAAAGGCUCGUGUGUGGAUCGAAAACUAGACACACAAAAGGCGGUCGAUGGUGGCUGGAGUCCAUUCUCCCAAUGGUCAAACUGCUCAAGGCCUUGUGGAGGAGGCCUGAUGGUCAGACAAAGAAGAUGCGACUCUCCAACGCCAAGUCAUGGUGGGAGCUAUUGCAAAGGAGAAGAAAAAGAAUACCAGAUUUGUGGAACAGAAGAAUGUGAUCCAGAUAAUCCGGAAUAUCACAUUGACCAGUGUGCUACUUUCAACAAGCGCACUGUAAAAGGAAAAUAUUAUCAAUGGAAGCCUUACGGAAAGGAUUUAGGAGCCUUAUCUAGAUGCCGCAUCUACUGCGUGCCGGACAAAGAGGAUCUGUACCUGGUGCUUUCAACUAUGCUCCAAGACGGCACGUCGUGCAGCGGAAAUUUCUCGGGAGUGUGCAUCGACGGAGAGUGCAGGACUGUUGGUUGUGAUGGGAAGAUUGAUUCCAGCGUCACUCCCGACAUGUGUGGUGUCUGUAGUGGCGAUAAUUCCACGUGCAAGACGAUUGAAGGGACAUUUAAGGCAGUAAAUUUUUCAACAGGUUAUCACGAAGUUAUCAAAAUACCACCUAACUCGAGGCAUAUAAAUAUAACGGAAAGCAGCGAAUACCCAGCCUAUCUAGCUUUGCAGGAUGGGAAUGGAAAAUAUUACCUCAACGAUAACUGGGUGCUGGACUGGCCGGGAAGGUACACGGCAGCCGGUACCGUAUUCAGUUAUAGAAGAUGGCCGGGACAACCGGAGAGUUUGGUUGCGAAAGGACCGACGAACAGAGAGCUGACAGUAGAGGUGCUUAUUAAAGGAAAUGUGGAAACAGAAAUCAAUUACAAAUUUGUCAUAUCUGCGAUACAAGCUACUUGGAAAAUGCUGAAUUCUUCCUGCUCGGUUACUUGCGGGAAUGGUACAAUAGUUUCUCGCCCAGUUUGCACUACUUUUACAGGUGAAAUCACAAACGACUCUUUUUGUAACAUAAUAACUAAACCUCAUACAAAACUGUACAACUGUAAUGAAGCUUUUUGCCAUCCAAAGUGGACAACUGGUGACUGGUCAUCAUGUGACCCAGAUAACUGUGAACAAACUCAGCGAAGAGAUGUGUUUUGUGCGGAUCAAGGCAGGAAAGUACAUAGAGUGAAUUGUGCUGAUCAAAUUCGCCCUACUGAUGUAAGGAAGUGUCUGAAUAAAAAGUGCUUAUACACCUGGAAUACAGGAACUUGGUCAAAGUGCAGAGGAACAUGCAGUGGUGGUUUCCAGACCAGAUCAGUCACAUGUCGACAUAUCACGGAUGGGUUUGUCAAAAGUUUCUCGCAUUGUAAUCAAGAUUCACAGCCUCCACAUCUUCGAAAAUGCAAGCUCGACAGUUGCUUUAUACAACAGGCUCCUUCAAUAUGGUUAGCUGGUCCAUGGGGAAAAUGUGACAAUGACUGUGGGAAUGAAAAACGAAAUGUUACUUGUGUAAAGAAAUUUGGAGAUUUGGUACAAGCUAGCUUUUCAUGUGACCCUAGUUUAAAACCUCAAUCGGAAAGAAACUGCACAAGUUUUACCUGCAAUUUUCUAAAAGAUUCAGGUUGUGAAGAUUUUUAUCAAUGGUGUCCCAUUUCGACAAAUAAAAAGUUAUGUGAACUGAAAUUUUAUGAAACUAACUGCUGCAUAUCAUGCAAAAAGAAGAUUUGAUAUACAGAUGAGAUAAUUCUAUAAAAUUUCUCAACAUCAAGCACAGUAUUAAACCUUUCAUAUAUUCAUGACUA